AUGGCGUCACGUGGUAUGCUGGGUGCAGUCUGUCUCUUUGGCGGUCUGACGAUGACAGGCGUCGCGCUGGCGGGGUCGCGAUGGAGGCGGGUUUCGACCCGCCGCGCGCAGCUGAACAACGAAUACGCCAACAUUCUGGCGGAACUCCGCUCAUUGAAUGACGCACGCCUGAAGGAGGCCGAGGACCUGCGGCAAAAAAAGCAGGAAAAUGCCCUGCUGCAUGAAACGGUGACUACACUAUGGGCCGAUCGUCUUGCACGCUACGUCCAAACGAACAAGGAGCUGCACUCGUUUUUGAAAGCCCUUCCAGAGGCGCUUGGUGCCCUGAAAGGUCUCACAAGUCACUAUCGGUACAUGGCAACUGAGAUGGCGAAGUUUUUGGCAUUUGAUGUCUCCUGUAUUAAGGUGCAUAAUUUUGCACUUCUUCUUGAGCACGGUGAAAAUGUAGGAAUUCCCCGUGUGAUCGAGACAAUUCGUCAACUCCUUAUUGCCGAGCCGCUUGUCCAGGUGGUGUGUGACAGCGUCGUUAAUAUUCCCGCUGACGUUAGCAGUCCACGGUCCAUUGGUGAGUGCAGUUCGAGUUUUGUCUUCUGCAUGGAGGAACUUGACCAGGCGAUUGAGGCGGCGGUGUUGCGCUACGUUGACUUUCAGAGCGAUCACGGAACAAAGGCUCCCAAUGCCAUUUGCGAUGGUGUACGCAAGCUCACUAGCGA